CUGGCGCCAGCACGUCUUGUUUUCGUUGGCCGCGUUCGGAUGGCAGCUGCCACUGUGGCUGCGGCCGCCUCUUAGUGGUACCCCUUUCCCGGCGUGCUGAGGGCGGUGCGUUCUCCUAAUCUGUCCGGUUCUCGUGCGCGUGGUUCCGAAGGGCGCCGGUUUCCCACAGCAGGCGGUAUGGGCAGGGAGUCACGCCACUAUCGGAAGCGAUCAGCAUCACGGGGACGCUCUGGAAGUCGAUCUAGAAGUCGUUCACCCUCAGACAAAAGAAGUAAACGUGGAGAUGAUAGACGGUCUAGAAGCAGGGAUAGAGACAGGAGGAGAGAGAGGUCUCGUAGCAGGGAUAAAAGAAGAUCUCGGUCGAGAGACCGGAAGCGUUUGAGGCGUUCCAGAAGUAGAGAGAGAGAUAGAAGUCGAGAACGAAGACGAUCUCGAAGUCGGGACAGGAGACGUUCAAGGAGUAGAAGCCGAGGCCGAAGAUCCCGAUCUUCCAGUCCUGGCAAUAAAAGCAAGAAAGCUGAGAAUAGGUCUAGAUCCAAAGAGAAAACAGAUAGUGGGGAAAGUUCUAAAGAGAAGAAAAAAGACAAAGAUGACAAAGAGGAUGAAAAAGAAAAGGAUGCUGGUGUAUGUUUACUAACUCAGGGUACCAUGGUGUACGUUGGAGCAUUUGUCUGGAGCUCUGGAAUUUCUGUGCCUUGGCUCCUUGUUCCUGAGACUGAAGAUGAUGGGGCUCAGGAAGGGAGUGAGGACCGUGUAGGUGAUGCCCAUCAGCGUGUCUCCUUCCAGAGACUGGGGACCCUUGGGCUUGAGGUAGAUGACAGAGGCAAAGCCGUAGUGCACGACCACCACGAUGGCGGCCACGAUGAAGGCGUAAGACAAGAGGAUGAGGAGACCACAGCCCAGCAGGGCAGCGAUACACACCAGGCCCACGCCAUUGGCCACUACUUGCACUUCAGUUCCACAGGCCAACUUCAGAAGAGGUGGCACAUGGCAGCCAAAAUAGUGAAUCUCAUUAGACCCACAGAAAGACCAGGCCACCAGGCAGGCGCAGCCUCGGGGGCUCAUGAGCACGUUGUAGCGCAGGGGAUGGCAGAUGGCCACGUAGCGGUCGUAGCCCAUGACGGUGAGCAGGAAGGAGUGGGUGAAGCCGGGCGUGAAGGAGAAGAACAUCUGGCUGGCACAGGCCACAAAGGAGAUGGAGCGGUCGGUGGAGAGCAGGUCGGCCAGCAUGCGAGGGAUGAUGGCGAAGGUGUAGAGGACCUCGGAGAUAGAGAGGGCACACAGGAAGAGGUACAUGGGUGUGUGGAGGCUGUGCUCCCUCCAGAUGGUGCCCAUGAUGAGCAGGUUCCCCAGCAGCGUGAACAGGUACAUCAGCAGGAACAGCAGGAAGAACAUCAGCUGAAGAAGUCUGGGCCCACGGUCACCAAAGUUGUCACAGUUGUCACAACCAAGAAGGCAGUCGUAGACGCUGAUAAGAAGAAGGGUGAGCUAAUGGAGAAUGACCAGGAUGCCAUGGAGUAUUCUUCAGAGGAGGAAGAAGUUGAUCUUCAGACAGCUCUUACAGGUUACCAGACAAAGCAGAGAAAGCUUCUAGAACCAGUGGAUCAUGGAAAAAUUGAAUAUGAACCAUUCAGAAAAAACUUCUAUGUUGAAGUUCCAGAAUUGGCAAAAAUGUCUCUAGAGGAGGUAAAUGUAUUUCGGUUGGAAAUGGAGGGCAUUACUGUCAAGGGGAAAGGUUGCCCCAAACCAAUUAAAUCUUGGGUUCAGUGUGGAAUUUCUAUGAAGAUCUUAAAUUCUCUAAAAAAGCAUGGUUAUGAAAAGCCCACGCCAAUCCAAACCCAGGCGAUUCCUGCGAUAAUGUCUGGACGAGAUUUGAUUGGUAUUGCCAAGACAGGAAGUGGAAAGACCAUUGCCUUUCUGUUGCCCAUGUUUAGACACAUCAUGGAUCAGAGGUCUUUAGAAGAAGGAGAGGGGCCAAUAGCUGUCAUCAUGACUCCAACUCGAGAACUGGCUUUACAGAUUACUAAAGAAUGUAAGAAGUUUUCGAAGACCUUGGGCCUUAGAGUGGUCUGUGUUUAUGGAGGAACAGGAAUCAGUGAGCAGAUUGCUGAGCUGAAAAGAGGUGCUGAAAUUAUUGUUUGUACACCUGGUCGAAUGAUUGACAUGUUAGCAGCUAAUAGUGGUCGGGUUACAAAUCUUCGAAGAGUGACGUAUGUUGUUUUAGAUGAAGCAGACAGAAUGUUUGACAUGGGUUUUGAACCACAGGUCAUGCGCAUUGUGGAUAAUGUUCGCCCUGACAGACAGACAGUUAUGUUUUCAGCUACUUUCCCCAGAGCUAUGGAAGCCUUGGCUCGGAGAAUCCUGAGUAAACCCAUUGAAGUGCAGGUUGGAGGCAGAAGUGUAGUUUGCUCAGAUGUGGAGCAACAAGUGAUUGUGAUUGAAGAAGAAAAGAAAUUCUUGAAGCUACUUGAACUUCUAGGUCAUUAUCAAGAAUCAGGAUCUGUCAUUAUAUUUGUGGAUAAGCAGGAACAUGCUGAUGGUCUUCUGAAAGAUUUAAUGAGAGCUUCUUACCCUUGCAUGUCUCUUCAUGGAGGCAUUGAUCAAUAUGACAGAGAUAGCAUCAUAAAUGAUUUUAAGAAUGGGACCUGCAAACUUCUCGUGGCCACAUCUGUUGCUGCCCGAGGCCUCGAUGUGAAGCAUCUGAUUCUUGUUGUAAACUAUAGCUGCCCCAACCAUUAUGAGGAUUAUGUGCACAGAGCAGGACGGACUGGAAGAGCAGGCAACAAAGGCUAUGCAUACACUUUUAUCACAGAAGAUCAAGCUCGGUAUGCUGGAGACAUAAUUAAAGCCCUUGAACUGUCAGGGACUGCAGUGCCACCUGAUCUAGAGAAACUCUGGAGCGAUUUCAAAGAUCAACAGAAAGCUGAAGGGAAAAUAAUUAAAAAGAGUAGUGGGUUCUCUGGUAAGGGAUUCAAGUUCGAUGAAACAGAACAAGCUUUGGCUAAUGAGAGAAAGAAGUUACAAAAAGCUGCUCUUGGUCUGCAAGAUUCAGAUGAUGAGGAUGCUGCGGUUGAUAUUGAUGAGCAAAUUGAAAGCAUGUUUAAUUCAAAGAAGCGAGUGAAGGAUAUGGCGGCUCCUGGAACAUCUAGUGUUCCUGCUCCCACUGCAGGAAAUGCUGAAAAACUGGAAAUUGCCAAGAGAUUGGCUCUUAGAAUCAAUGCUCAGAAGAAUUUGGGCAUUGAGUCUCAGGAUGUAAUGCAACAGGCCACCAAUGCCAUUCUCAGAGGUGGCACCAUCCUGGCUCCCACUGUAUCUGCAAAAACCAUUGCAGAGCAACUUGCUGAAAAGAUAAAUGCCAAGCUCAACUAUGUGCCUUUGGAGAAACAAGAAGAGGAGAGACAGGAUGGUGGACAGAAUGAAUCUUUUAAGAGAUAUGAGGAAGAAUUAGAGAUCAAUGACUUCCCACAGACUGCUAGGUGGAAAGUUACCUCUAAGGAAGCUCUGCAGAGAAUCAGUGAAUAUUCUGAAGCUGCAAUUACAAUCAGAGGAACAUACUUCCCACCUGGCAAAGAGCCCAAGGAAGGAGAGCGGAAAAUUUACUUGGCAAUUGAAAGUGCCAAUGAACUGGCUGUGCAGAAAGCAAAGGCAGAAAUCACCAGGCUUAUAAAAGAAGAACUGAUCCGAUUGCAAAAUUCAUACCAACCAACAAAUAAAGGAAGAUACAAAGUCUUAUAAAACAUCUGGGAAAAACUUUUACCUGUGCUGGUCUGUGAUAAAUGUGGCAUUUGUUGUCUUCAGUUUACAAUGUAUUUUAAAUUAAGAUUUUUAAAAUUCUGUCUUGCUGAUUUUUUUUUUAAGUAUAAGAAACCAGUAUUUGUUAACAAAUCUUCUUUCCGUAAGUACCCCCUGAAUUAUCAAACUCUAUUUAAAGCAGGCCUGUUUUCAUUAAAGUGUCCUUUAAUGUAAAACUUAAAUAUCAAUAUUUUAACUAUCUGGGUAAUAUUCCAGAAGUUUAAGACAAUUAAAAUAUUUGAACUUUCCAUUGAAGAUAAUAAAGUAUAAAAGUUGCUAAGGGGUUGUUCACCUUAUCUUCUUGCAAUGAAACUGUGAUCAUCUCCUCAGAAAAGGUGAAAUUCUCUAAUUUUGUGUCUCUACCUUGAGCUUAAAUCUUACUUGACUCCAGUAGAACAAUAUGAACUGGAUAUAAGAAUGUUACAAUAGAAUUUUUACAAAAUGGAUUGAGUUUUUGUUUCAAUUUUUAUCAUCUUAUAAGGGUCAUAGUUGGACUGCUUUUUGGUUACGUAAAGUUAAAGUUUUGUAGUAUAAGAAGUUUUUGCAUUCCUUUACUAACUGCUAAGAAUUUUAGUAUUGACUGCUUUUAGGUUCCCUUCACAACCUCUGGCUCUGUGCCUAGUUACUAGCUCUUUUCUAAUCUUCCUGAAGUGAAAGUGAUUUGUCACCUGUAAAUAUGGAUAUAAUUGUUUUUGCCCCUUUAAAGUGUUCGUUUAUACAUCUGUAUAAUAUAAACACCCUACCAAUCUGAUUUUUAUUCAGGAUUAUUGAGUAGGUUGUGAAUUUUCUUUUUUUUAAAAGCAUGGCACCCACAUUUUAGACUUAGAGUUUAAGCAUUUCUCAGUGAAAUUUAGUUUACAAAGAAUCAAAAAUUAUAUUUUUGAACCUUGAUAUAUAUUUCCUGAGUAUCCUAAUUUAAAUUGUGAUAAUUGGAUCACCUAAUGUUCAAGACUCCUGGUGUGUUAGAACUUGAUAUGGUUGUCACUCUUUGAAAAAAUAAAAUUUUCAGGAAUUAAA